GUCCGGGACCAAAUAGGCAGCCCUAAUAUUAUGGUUUCUUUCUUGGUCUUUUAAUGAAGAUAGCGAAUGUUUUUAAUGUUUUUCGCAUAAAUUACAUACCCAAUAGGUCGACCUGCCCCGACCCGCGCCCCGUGAUAAAUUACCCAACCUGUAUCCGAUCUGCCAUAGGACGAGUAUGGGUAUUGAGAUACCCUCCCCAGACCUGCCACGUUGCCAUUCCUAAACGCAAACGAUUAGCCAUUGCUCAAGCCUCAAGUCAUCUUGGUUUAUCUACGUAUGUUUUGUUCUGAAUCGACGAAAGCACGAAGCAGGCCCGAAAAUGGCGACAUUUCCCCUGAACGGUUCCUCUGUCUCUGCUUCCAAUACUGCCUUGUCUCUCAAUCUAAAACCCUCCUCGCACCAGAAACCUUCAGUACUGGUUCCGACUACCAUCAUUCCAUCUCGCCGCCGGCGGUCGCUUCUUCCAGCACUUGGCUUAAACAACGACUUGGGCAACAAAUUCCGACGAGACAGAGUCUCACACAUCACAUCAGCAACAAUGGCUGCCGGUGUUGGAGAGAUUCUGCCACCGCCUCUUACAUCUGCUUCGAACCUUCCUGCAAUCUUUGACGGCACAAGUAGGUUGUAUUUGUCGUAUACAUGCCCAUAUGCGCAGCGUGUGUGGAUUACUCGAAACUGUAAGGGGUUGCAGGAAGAGAUCAAGUUAGUUCCUCUUGAUCUCAAAGACAGGCCUUCUUGGUACAAGGAGAAAGUCUACCCUCCUAACAAGGUUCCUGCAUUGGAACACAACAAUGAAGUGAUAGGAGAGUCGCUCGAUUUGAUGAAAUACAUCGACGCUCAAUUUCAUGGACCUCAACUGCUCCCUCAAGAUCCUGCGAGAAGGGAAUUUGCAGAAGAGCUGUUCUCCAAUGCCGGGUCAUUUCAUAAGGCUGUGAGCUCCACACUUAAAGGAGAAGGAGCUGAAGCAGUCACAGAAGCCGCUUUUGAUGACAUAGAAGCAGCUCUUUCCAAGUUUGAUGAUGGACCGUUCUUCCUUUGCCAGUUCAGUCUGGCAGAUAUAGCUUAUGCACCAUUCAUGGAAAGAUAUCAGCCAGUUUUGCUAGACAUGAGAAACUAUGAUAUCACUGCCAAAAGGCCUAAACUUGCUACUUGGAUACAGGAGAUGAGCAAAAUUGAGGGCUACAACCAAACUCGGCGCAAUCCAAAGGAGCAUGUCGAGAACUACAAGAAACGCUUUGCAGGAAAGGUCCAAGUCUAAUUGAGGAAUGACAACAGUAGCUAGACUGUUAAUUUCAGUUGGCAAUGAUAAUGUUACCAACAGGCAGACAUCAACAUAAGCAAAUACAACGGAUAAAAAAAUAUCGAUCCG